CGUUAACUCUUUAAAACAAGCUAUAUGGGUUUUCUAGAUGUCAAAAAUUUGUUGUUGACGCUUUGCUUACAAAGUUCAGACUGCCAAACUGAACGACCGCUCGAGAAUGGCCUUAGAUCUCGACGACAAACUUCUGGGAGAGCAAGUCAAUAAUUACAUAAGUAGUAGCGAAGAUGAGGAAGAGGAGACUAAAUUCAACGAUGACGAGCAUCCUGAAUACAAUUAUGGUGGAAGGUCUUCAGGUCCUGUUCAGCAACAAGAAGUGAUGCAACCCGAGCAACCCGCCGUUGAUUACAGUAGAACAUCAGCAACUGGGCCAAAAGGAGUCAUCGAAGAUUACAGGCGUUUUAAACAGCUGGAGACCGAACGGCGAGAAGAACAGAAGCGCGAACUGAUGUCGUUGAGUAAGCGUAUCGCAAUGACAUGUGCACCACGAGUUGACUCAGUAGAGGAGGAGUUGGACCCAGAAAUGCAAGAGCUGAAUGCAAUAUUCGAGGAGUACAAAUUACAGCGUAUGAAUGAAAUGGAAACGUUGCUGCAGAGUGUGCCAAAUUUUGGGAAAGUAAUUGAUUUAGUAGCAAACGAUUUCGUUUCGAACAUCGAUGACGAGCAUCAGCUGACCACAAUAAUUGUUCUUGUUCAUGACCCAGUCAAUUCCAAAGAAUGUGAUAUGAUGUAUAAUAGUAUGAAAAUACUAGCCAGCAUGUAUGUAAAAGUGAAGUUCUGUGCAAUAUCGGGUCUGGAGGCGGGGCUAAGUGAUAAGUUCAGAAGUGAUGCCACACCUGCCUUGCUGGUGUACAAAAAUAAGGAGCAAAUCGGCACGUUUGUUCAACUAAUUCACGAGCUUGGAGAGGAAAUAUUUGCAGUAGACGUGGAACGGUUCUUAAUUGAGCAUUCGUUGCUGCCUACGACUGAGUCAAAGUUAGCAUUGGGUAAUAACGAAGUCUCUGAUCACUAAUCGUGUUUGUUUAAAGGUUUUUCUCCCCUUAAUGUUGCAUGAUUAAUUUUCCGUGCCAUUGAAAAAUUGUCUUUUUAUGUAGGUAGCCUAAAUAUUAUUAAAUAGAGUAAAUGAAGUAAAAUUAUCGAGAAUUUUUUCUUA